AAGCCCAAAAAACCAAGUAAGCCAAAACAACCUUCCUUGUUGUGAGUGAGAAACACACCAAAAAAACAAAAGAAAAGAACUUCACUUUCUUACUCCAACCCCUCAAAUGGGCAUGAUCAGAAACCUUUACUCUCAUUCACAUCCUUUUCUUUUUCUCUUUACUGUUUUCUGGUUCCUUCUUCUUCCAAUGACAGAUGCAGAUAACAUAUACUUGGUUUACAAGGGUUGUGCAGAUAAGAAACUGCACGAUCCAUCUGGGAUAUAUUCACAGAACCUCAAAACCCUCUUGGAUUCUCUGGUGUCGCAAUCUGAAAAAAAGGCCUUUUUCACCACAACUUAUGGAGAAGGCCAGAAUGUGAUCAUGGGUCUCUACCAAUGCAGAGGGGACCUCUCGAACACUGAUUGCUACAACUGCGUGAGCAAGAUUCCUGACAUGCUCGAAAACUUGUGUGGCAAGGUGGUGGCUGCAAGGGUUCAGCUUAUAGGGUGCUACCUAAGGUAUGAAAUUGUUGGGUUCAAGCAAGUUCCUGAGACUCAAUUGCUUUACAAGGUUUGUGGGGCCAAGGAAGAGAGUUAUAAUGAUGGAUUUGAGGAGAGGAGGGACUCUGUGUUUGGUAUGGUGGAAAGUGGUGUAAAGAAUAGUGGGAACUUGUUUUAUAGUGGGAGCUAUCAGUCUUUCUAUGUGUUGGGUCAGUGUGAGGGUGAUUUGGCCAAAGAUGAUUGCGGGGAUUGUGUCAAAAGUGCCGAGGAUCAGGCCAAAGCCGAGUGUGGUGACUCUAUUUCUUCACAAGUUUAUCUGCACAAGUGCUUUGUUAGCUACAGCUUCUAUUCCAAGGGAGGGACCAAUAUUUCAUCUUCUCCGGGUAGGUCACUGGACACGCAGAGGACUGUGGCUCUUGCAGUGGGAGCUUUUGCAGCUUUGGGUUUCUUGAUUGUUUGUUUGUUAUUUCUCAAGUCAGUGUUGAAGAAAAAAAGUGAUAAGUAUUGAGAAUUGGACUGUAUAUACUUUAUAUAUAACAUCUUGGGGGUACACCAAAAAUAUAUAUAACAUCUUAGGUGAAUGUACUUGGAGACUCUGUAAGUUGUGUAGGUAGGAUUUUAACAUUAAGAGAUCAUUAUCAUAAUUUAUUGUUGGUA